AAUAUUUCCGCCAGGUGACCCGGUGGAGUGUACGCUGACUCCUUUUUCCGGCUCAUCACAGGGGCUCACGGCUUCGGCUAGUACGGAAGCUGAAGUCUCUUGUCAGAGCUCAUCCAGGUCCAGGUUCACCCUCCACCACCGUCUCCCCCCCCCCCCGGUUCUACAGACAUGAGGCUGUGUUUGCUGCUGGUCGUCACCCUCCUGUCUGUGGCCCCAGGGUUCGUCCGCGGGGGCGACAAGAAGAAGCUGCAGAUCGGUAUUAAGAAAAGAGUGGACAACUGCCCCAUAAAGUCCCGCAAGGGGGAUGUGCUGAACAUGCACUACACUGGAAAGCUGGAGGACGGUACAGAGUUUGACAGUAGUAUCCCAAGGAACCAACCCUUCACCUUCACCCUGGGCACUGGACAGGUCAUCAAAGGCUGGGACCAGGGUCUGCUGGGAAUGUGUGAAGGAGAGAAGAGGAAGCUGGUAAUUCCUUCAGAACUUGGAUAUGGAGACAGAGGUGCCCCACCAAAAAUUCCAGGUGGCGCUACACUUAUUUUCGAAGUGGAAUUACUGAGUAUCGAAAGAAGAUCUGAAUUGUAAGGAGUGUAUUUGCAUCUCACCAUACCUCGUACUGGACCAAGGUUCCUGUUGAGCACAGUCCACCGCUUGUGACCAAUCAGGUCAUUUAGGUUAAUUGAGUACAAAAAAGUUUUAAGAGAAAUUGAAUCAUGUUUUUAUUGCUGCUGUUUGUCAGCGGUUGGAAGAGCUGCAGGAUGUCUUAUCUGUAGAGGGUGGAUUUCAGUGGGCACCCCUGGCUUCAGGAAGACUAAAAUAGUAAAGUGGGAUGACUUAAUUCUGACACAAAAUGACAUCUUGCUCAACGUUCUUUCCUGGUCAGGCUGAAUAAAAUGACAAUGCUUUUUGAGUAUAUUUAUGCAUUUGAACAUUUUUUGGGCAAAGCUCAUUGUGGGUGUGAAUAACCCUAAACGUGGAAAUUGCUUGAUGGUGGUUUCCAGUAAAUUAAUAUGUUUACUGACUCACCUUUUCCCCACAGAUGUUGUCU